CAUGGCCCUGCAGAGCGUCUGGGACUUUAUCCGAGCACAAGAGGCAUACAUGCGGUCGCCUUUUUUCCCUGUGCUGUUUUCCCUCACCGUCUACCUGAGCUUCUGUCUGCCUUUCGUGGUGCUGGACCUCCUUUCUUCCAGAGUGGAACUGGUGAGGAAAUACAGAAUACAGCAGAAGAGUCAUGUUACCUGGAGCAUGCUGUGGAACUGCCUGGCGCAGUCCCUCUACAACCACGUUGUGUAUAUUUUCCCUCUGACGGUACUGCACUGGUACUGGAGGCCUGUCAGCUACCCUGCUCAGGCUCCGGGGCUCUUCCGCCUGGUAUGGGACAUUGCCGCCUGCCUCCUGCUCUUCGACUUCCAGUAUUUUAUCUGGCACCUGCUGCACCACAAGGUGCCUUGGCUGUACCAGACCUUCCACAAGGUCCACCACAAGUACACGUCCACGUUCGCCCUGACCACCGAGUACUCGGGAGCCUGGGAGACGCUGUCCCUGGGCUUCUUCGCCGCGGUAAACCCCAUGCUACUGGGCUGCCACCCCAUGACGGAGAUGCUCUUCUUCAUUGUGAACAUCUGGCUGUCCGUGGAGGACCACUCGGGCUACGACUUCCCCUGGUCUACCCACAGGCUGGUGCCCUUUGGACUGUUUGGAGGUGCGCCGCAUCAUGACCUACACCACCUGAAGUUCAAGACCAACUACGCCCCCUACUUCACCCAUUGGGACAGGCUGUUUGGCACACUGCACUCCGAGUGAGCAGCAGCGCCGAGGCAAAUCGGGACUGUGAUAUGAAGGUUAUAGCAAUGAACUGCAUGUUAUAGCAAGUCACUGCUGGUAGUAACUGUACUGUUCUCUUCCUUCACCCAAUGGGCCAGCUCUUUGGCACCUUGCACUUUGGCUGAACAGCCACACCAAGGCAUAUCGGAAAUCCAAUAUGAAUUUUAGUAUUAUAAACAGCAUAAAGGUCUGUUGUCUCCAGCUAUCAGUAACUCUGUCCUGUUUUCUGUAUUUGUUUUAAUUAUCACUGUGAGAGAUACUUUAAUUGUUGCAGAACUGUUACAGAGGUAUAUUAUGUGCAAACACUUGGAUUCAUUUUCUUUUAUAUUAAAAGGUAAAA